AUGACCCAGCCCGACUAUGAGGUCUUUCAACUUGGAGACUGGGAGCUCCAAAGCGGAGAGAAGAUUGUGAACGCGCAUCUCGCCUACAAGACCUUUGGAGACCCAAAAUCUCCUGCUAUUGUUUAUCCAACCUGGUUUUCGGGCUUACUCAGCGACAACUACUGGCUGGUGGGGGAGGACAAGGCGCUGAAUCCGCAGACGUACUUUAUCGUCAUCCCCGCACUGUUCGGCAAUGGUCAGUCCACUUCCCCCUCGAAUUACCCCGGUCCCCGUCCCUUCCCGACGGUAUCCUUCUACGACAACGUCCGAGCCCAGCAUGCCCUGGUCACCCAGCAUCUGCGCAUCGGCCAUCUACGCGCCGUGAUCGGAUGGUCCAUGGGUGCCGCCCAGAGCUACCAAUGGGCCACCCAGUACCCGGAUAUGAUGGACCUCGUAGUUCCGUUCUGCGGUUCUGCUCGCACCGCGUUGCAUAACCAGGUCUUCCUGGAGGGCGAGAAAAGCGCCUUGCUGGCGGCCAAGCAUGUCCAAUCCGCAGGCUCGGGGAAGGGGGGAGUGCUUGGGAGUAACCAGACUUUGACCGCAUGGAGCGACAAUGAACGACAAAUUGGGCUGAAAGCAUUUGCGAGAGGCUACGCCGGAUGGGGCUUCAGUCAAACCUUCUACCGCCAAAAGCUGUACGAGACCGUAUUAGGCUUCCAGGGAUUGGAGGACUUCCUGCAGAAUUUCUGGGAAGACUGGGCUCUUAGUAAAGAUCCGGAUAAUCUCUUGACAAUGCUGCAAACAUGGCAGAAUGGGGACGUAUCCCAGCAGGCGCCAUACGAUGGUGACCUUGAGAAAGCACUGGCUUCAAUCCGAGCCAAGUGCUUGGUCAUGCCUGCAAAGACUGAUCUGUAUUUCCCCCCGGAGGACUCCGAAUAUGAGGUGGCGUGCAUGAAGCCAGGGAUUGGUACACUUCGUGUGAUUCCCUCCAUAUGGGGCCACUGGGCUGGAGGCCCGGGAGAUAGCAAGGCCGAUGUAAAGUGGAUUGAUGAGCAGUUGCGGGAUUUUUUGGGGGCCAAUAAGCAGGAUGCAUCAGUGGAGAAGAUAGUGCAGGCAGGCAAGGACCUGAAGAUCUAA